GAAGUGUGGAAGCAGCUUCAGGUAGGUGAGCUCGUGAAACAAUAUGAAGAGGAGAAAAUAGCCUUUUAAGGAAAUUGGCCCACAGAAAGGAUGGCCUUCUUGGACAAUCCAACUAUCAUUCUAGCUCAUAUUCGACAGUCACAUGUGACCAGUGAUGACACGGGAAUGUGUGAGAUGGUUCUCAUUGAUCAUGAUGUUGACCUAGAGAAGAUUCAUCCUCCUUCAAUGCCUGGAGACAGUGGGUCAGAAAUUCAGGGAAGCAAUGGUGAGACUCAGGGCUAUGUAUAUGCCCAGUCAGUUGAUAUUACCUCAAGUUGGGACUUUGGUAUUAGAAGACACUCAAACACAGCUCAAAGAUUAGAACGACUCCGAAAAGAGAGACAAAACCAGAUCAAAUGCAAAAAUAUUCAGUGGAAAGAAAGAAAUUCUAAGCAAUCAGCCCAGGAGUUAAAGUCACUGUUUGAAAAAAAGUCUCUCAAAGAGAAGCCUCCAAUUUCUGGAAAGCAGUCAAUAUUAUCUGUACGCCUAGAACAGUGCCCUCUGCAGCUGAAUAACCCCUUUAACGAGUAUUCCAAAUUUGAUGGCAAGGGUCAUGUAGGUACAACGGCAACCAAGAAGAUCGAGCACCUCCCUCUGCACUCGAGCCAGGACAGACUGCUGUCAAUGACCGUGGUGACAAUGGCCAGCACCAAGGUGCAGGACCUGAUUGGGCUCAUCUGCUGGCAGUAUACAAGUGAAGGACGGGAGCCGAAGCUCAAUGACAAUGUCAGUGCCUACUGCCUGCAUAUUGCUGAGGAUGAUGGGGAGGUAGACACCGAUUUCCCCCUGUUGGAUUCCAAUGAGCCCAUUCAUAAGUUUGGCUUCAGUACUUUGGCCCUGGUUGAAAAGUACUCAUCUCCUGGUCUGACAUCCAAAGAGUCACUCUUUGUUCGAAUAAAAGCUGCUCAUGGAUUCUCCCUUAUUCAGGUGGACAACACAAAGGUUACCAUGAAGGAAAUCUUACUAAAGGCAGCGAAGCGAAGAAAAGGAUCCCAGAAAGUUUCAGGCCCUCAGUACCGCCUAGAGAAGCAGAGCGAGCCCAAUGUCGCCGUUGACCUGGACAGCACUUUGGAGAGCCAGAGCGCCUGGGAGUUCUGCCUGGUCCACGAGAACAGUAUCUCUGGAGACAAAGUAGAGAUAGACCCUGUUACGAAUCAGAAAGCCAGCACUAAGUUUUGGAUUAAGCAGAAACCCAUCUCAAUCGAUUCUGAUCUGCUCUGUGCCUGUGACCUUGCUGAAGAAAAAAGCCCCAGUCACGCAAUAUUUAAACUCACAUAUCUAAGCAAUCACGACUAUAAACACCUCUACUUUGAAUCGGACGCUGCUACUGUCGAUGAAAUUGCGCUCCAGGUUAACUACAUCCUGGAAUCGCGAGCAAGCACUGCCUGGGCUGACUACUUUGCUCAAAAACAAAGAAAACUGAACAGACGUACGAGCUUCAGCUUCCAGAAGGAGAAGAAAUCCGGGCAGCAGUGACACUGGCCUCCAGCCUCAACCUGUUCCGUAGCUCAGAGCCUACCUGCCAGGGCCAAGUGCCCUAGAGCCCACCCGGUGUCCUGAAGUCCUUGGGGGGAGGUCAGCUCCUGGCUCACUGGCACAGGGCAGGUGGGGUCUCAGAGAAGGUGUUGGGGCCCCCUAGGAGGGAGUGCUGGGGACAUUGCCAUGGGGCAGAAACCUGCUUGGCAGUGGCUUUGAUGAGUGAUGCCUGGGGGCCAGACCACCCCCUAGAGGAGCCACAUGCCACCCAGCCACCUUCACUGCCUGCCACCCUGCCCGAGGAUGUACAGAGCUGUGCCCACACAUUUCCUUGCAACUUGAUCAAAUUUCUUAAAGCAAACGAAGAACAAAAAUGUACAUUUCUGGUUUUCCUUUUAAUAAACAGGUGUACUCUU